UCGGCUGUCCCCGGCCCUGGCGGCGGAAGAGAUGGAGCAACGUCACGAGCGCCCUGCCCCUUAAGACGCUGCUGGCUGGAGCCGCCUCCCUCCCUGCAACCCGCAGCGGGGAUGGAGUAAAGGGAGACCCGUCGACCUGCCCGCGGAGAUCAGCGAUGGAGUUAAACCAAUCUUUGUCCAUCCAUCUGGAAGCUGAGAAGCCUUUGAGGUGCUAUGGGGCGGUGGAGGAGACGGCGUGGAAAGCGGAGGGACUGGGGAGAAAUCAGCUAGACAUCAUCUCCAUGGCAGAGACAACCAUGAGGCCAGAGGAGAUCGAGCUGGAGAUGGUGAAAAUCCAGCGUCUCCGGGAAGUCUUGGUCCGGCGGGAGUCUGAGCUCAGGUUUAUGAUGGAUGACAUCCAGCUCUGCAACGACAUCAUGGACUUGAAGCAGGAGCUGCAGAACUUGGUUGCCAUCCCAGAAAAAGAAAAAAACAAGUUGCAGAAGCAGAGAGAGGACGAGCUAAUCCAGAAGAUUCACAAACUGGUGCAGAAGAGAGACUUCCUGGUGGACGAUGCAGAGGUUGAGCGGCUAAGGGAGCAAGAAGAAGACAAGGAAAUGGCCGAUUUUCUGAGAAUCAAGUUAAAACCUCUAGACAAAGUAACCAAAUCUCCAGCCAGCUCCCGAGCAGAAAAGAAAGCAGAGCCCCCACCUAGCAAGCCCACGGUAGCCAAGACGGGGCUGGCGCUCAUCAAGGAUUGCUGCGGGGCCACCCAGUGCAAUAUCAUGUAGGCCCCACAUGGGGUGCCCCCGGGGCCACGGGGAACCCCCUCCCACCCUCUUGUCUUCAUAGCCCCCAUUUCACCGGGGCCCAAGAGCUCUCCAAGGCGGAAGGGAUUGAAGGCAAGCCCAUGACUGCCACCAGGGGCCGUGGGUGCGGCGGGCGGGCCCGGCCGCCCUGUACAGAGUGUAGCAAUAGGGAGUCCCUCACCGUCGCAUGGCCCUCCCCAGAGCAUGCCGAACCCAGGAGUCUGUCUCACUGUUUAUCCAACCACCAGGAAAGGUCCUCCCUCGAAAAAGUAUAUCUCCACUUCUAUCUAGCUGUAUCUAACCCACCGUGGGAAUGAACUGGGAGGGGGCAUGAUCCCCAGGUGUGUAUAGUCGUGACUUUUCAACAAUCUAGCACCAUGUUGGACACAUCCCCCAUCCACGCUCCUAGUUCUGCUGUCAGGCUGCCCCAAACGGCUCCACCCCCGAUCUGUCCUCUACCAGGGGCUGUGCCCUGGAGGGCUCCACACAGCCCACGUGUCUGGAGACACAGAGGGCCCAUCUGUAAAGACUGAGCUUGUGUGUGGUGUCGUGGUCAUGUCUCCCGCUUCCUCCCCUCCUGUGUCUGGGCACGGCUUGUAUCUGGAGUGUGUUCGUU